AUGGCGAUGUCGAUGUCGGCGAACUGGCUGACGUACUACCUCGCCGAGCACCCGGCGAUCGUCAACUUCCGGUGGAGCCACACGCAUUCGUGGGGCUCCACCUGGUCCUUCCUCGCCUCCUCCGUCUCCCUCUACCUCGCCCUCUCCCUCCUCCUCCACCUCCUCCUCCUCCUGCGCCGGCGACCCGUCCCCGUCGGCCCCGCCCCGGCCCUCCACAGCCUCCUCAUGGCCCUCCUCUCCGCCACCAUCUUCGCGGGGGCCCUCCUCUCCUCGGCCGCCGAGAUCCGCGACACCCGGUGGCUCUGGCGCCGCUCCCGGACGACGCCAUUCCAGUGGUUCCUCUGCUUCCCGCUCGGCACCCGUCCCUCCGGCCGCGUCUUCUUCUGGUCCUACGUCUUCUACCUCUCCCGCUUCCUCCACAUGCUACGCACCUUCCUCACCAUCCUCCGCCGCCGCCGCCUCUCCUUCGCGCAGCUCUUCAACAACGCCGCCCUCACUUGCGUCGCCUUCCUCUGGCUCGAGUUCUCGCAGUCGUUCCAGGUCCUCGCCAUCCUCUCGGCCACGCUCGUCUACGCCGCCGUGUACGGGUACCGGUUCUGGACCGCCAUCGGGCUGCCCGUUGCGUGCUUCCCGUUCGUCGCGCACUGCCAGGUCGUGCUCCUCGGGUGCAACCUGGUGUGCCAUGUCGGCGUCCUGACGCUGCAUCUGGUCAAGGGCGGGUGCAACGGUAUCGGCGCGUGGGUGUUCAACUCGGUCCUGAACGGCGCGGUCUUGAUGCUGUUCUUGAACUUCUACGUGAAGAUGCAUCUGGGCAAGAAGAAGGGGGUUGUCGGCGGCGUCGGCAUCGGGGGCGUGAGCGAGGCUCGCGAUCGAGAUCGUGAACCGUCUUCUACUUUAUGCUGCGGGUUUGAUGUAAUUAAAGAGGCAAAGGAGGAGAGGAUCGUCAAAGAGAAGGCGUUAUAGGGAUUGAAUGGUGGGUGGUUGUUGGUGGUAACUUCUUUUUGAUAGCUCUUAAAUUUUGGGGGAAGCAAAAAGUUUGCUGGGGACCCUUUUCUCUAUCUCUAUCCCUCUUUGAGUUUAUCUUUUCUGCAGAAAUUGAUAUAUUUAUAUAUACUGCAAUAAAAUGGUUCAAAAGAUUUUCCAA